UAAAGGCGCAAUUUAAAAUGGUGCCGUUGUUUUUCGCCUUGAGACGAAACCAUAGAAAACUAGCCGUUACUUCCCCUAGCGUCUUUACAUUUCAUCAAACCCUAAUCUGUUUCUCUCAUAACUCCCUCACCAAACACUGAUUUCUUGCAAUCAAUCCUCAAAAAAACAAAACAAAACCCAAUUUUCUUGUUCAAAAAUCGAAACCCACAUUUGAUUCUUUUGUUUGAAACAGACCCAGAUUGUUUUUUUUCCCUCUUAUCUCCCCGUGUAGGUUUACAGUGUUUCAGUGGUGAAAGAGAAUUAUGGCAUCCAGAACGGUUGCAAAAGACAUAAUUACUCUCCGUGGUUCUGCAGCGAUUGUUAGCGAGUUCUUUGGAUAUGCAGCAAACAGUAUACUUUACAAUCGAGGGGUUUAUCCGGAAGAGAGUUUUGUGAAAGUGAAGAAGUAUGGGCUCCCAAUGUUGCUUACUCAAGAUGAAGGUGUUAAAUCCUUCAUUGCUAACCUGAAUGCACAGUUAUCAGAAUGGCUGGAAGCUGGGAAAUUACAGAGGGUUGUUCUGGUGAUAAUGAGUAAGGCCACGAAUGAGGUCCUAGAGAGGUGGAAUUUCAGUAUUGAGACUGAUGCUGAGGUUGUGGAGAAAGGACUGUCAAGGGAAAAGAGUGACAAAGAAAUUAUGAGAGAGAUACAGGCAAUCAUGCGUCAGAUUGCAUCAAGCAUUACUUACCUGCCAUGCCUUGAUGAACCUUGUGUUUUUGAUGUGUUAGCGUACACUGAUAAAGAUGUUACAGUCCCAUUCACCUGGAUUGAGAGUGACCCUAAACUUAUUGCCAAUCCACAAAUGGUGAAAUUGCAUUCUUUUGAUACCAAGAUACACAAGGUCGACACUCUUGUUUCGUACAAGAACGAUGAGUGGGAUGAGCAGUAGAGGUGGCCUAUCGUUGUUUCUGGAUUUCUCCUUCAGUGUGUCACUGUGAAUCUUUUAUUCACAUGUUCUAAAAACAUUGCUAAAAAUGAUUUGUACCUAUUGUAACUGUCCAUCUAUGUGUGCUCUUGUCGAAGUUGAAACGAAGGAUUGCAAAUCUAGCUCUUAUCCUGCUUCCCUGUCUUGUUAUGCCAGAAUGCACGUCGGUAGAAUAUGAAUGGAUCUUUUUUCUUUC